AUGUGGUGCGAGCGCGACGGCGUGGCCGUGUGCAUGGUGUGCCUCGUGGCGGGGCCGCACAAGGGCCACGACGCCCUCACCAUCGAGGAGGCCGAGGAGCGAGCGCGUGAGGCCGCGCGGGUCGAGCUGGCGCAGGUCGAGCUGGCCAUGGGCGAGGUCGAGGCCGCCGUGGAGCGCCAGGCGGCGCGCGAGGCCGCCGAACAGGAGAGCGGCCGCGAGGCGCGGGCGGCCAUCAAGCAGCACUUUGACCGGGUGCGCGAGGCCGUGGCCCAGCGCGAGAGAGUGCUCGGCGCCGAGGUGAACGACGGCGGGCCAAGCUCCGCCCAACGGCCCGCGGACGUGGCGGUCGACGCGGCCACGGGCAACAUCAUCGUGGCCGACAGGGACAACCAUCGGGUGCACGUGUGGCAGGCCGACGGGUCCUUCCUCCGCACCUUCGGCUCCCGGGGUCGUGGCCAUGGUCAGUUCAGGAGGCCCGAGGGUGUGGCGGUCGACGUGGCGGGUAACGUCAUCGUAGCCGAUUACGGCAACCACCGGGUGCAGGUGUGGCGGGCCACUGGCCGGUCCUUCCUUCGCACCCUCGGCUCCCUGGGUGGCGGUCCCGCCCAGUUCAAGGACCCUAGAGGUGUGGCGGUCGACGCAGCGACGGGCCACAUCAUCGUGGCCGACUGCGGCAACUAA